AUGGAUCUCAUAUGGAACGGAUACCGGCGGCAGCCCAAUAAGGGGACGAUGGAGAUCUUCCGACAGAUGCGGCCGCGGUUGCUUCCGCUGGCGCAGCGCAUGUACGGGGACAAGAAUGUCAUUGGUAUCCGCUUUGGCCGGCACAAAGGGACAGCGUACAUCCUGAUCUACUUGCUGAAGGAGCCUGAGGGCGCCGAGGGCCACGCCUCGGAUGAGUUCAUGGCGCUCAAUGCUAACUUCUACGAGGUCCUCAAGGAUGGUACGGCUGGCGAGGCCGAGGUCAUUGCCGCACUACCGCCACGGAUGGUAGAGAGGGAUGGGCUGACAGGACUUGGCCUGGUUGAUUUAUUCGAGAUUCAAGUCAACCAUCCCAUCAGUGGGAGGACGUUAGUCGGGCCGCUUGAAAAGCAGAAGCGCUUUAUGGGGCUGUAG